AUGGUUAAAUUGAGCGCGUCCUCUGCCAAUAUUAGAUAUUUAGCCCGACAUUUUAAAUCUGGUCCCCACUCGUCGCUCUCUCCCCCGACCCUGUCUCCCUCCAUCCCUCCCUUCGUCAAGCUGGGCCUGACGGUGGCUUACACGUUCUUCUACUCUCUCCUCUUCGCUUUUGUGUAUGCCCAGCUUUGGCUGGUCCUGAGGUACAGGCACAAGCGCUUCAGCUACCAGACGGCGUUCCUCUUCCUCUGUCUGCUGUGGGCGGCGCUGCGGGCCGUGCUCUUCUCCUUCUACUUCCGGGAUUGCGUGACGGCCAACGCGCUCGGCCCCUUCUCCUUCUGGCUGCUGUACUGCUGCCCCGUCUGCCUGCAGUUCUUCACGCUCAGCCUCAUGAACCUCUACUGUGCACAGGUCUUCUUCAAGGCAAAGUCCAAGCACUCUCCUCACCUGCUGAAGUACAAGACUCCUCUGUAUCUGGUCUUUGUCUUCAUGAGCCUCCUGUUCCUGCUGGUGAACCUCACCUGUGCUCUGCUGGUGAAGAUGACGGAUACGCAGGUGAAGACCAUCGUGCUCGUGCGCGUCACCAUCAACGACACGCUCUUCGUACUGUGCGCCAUAUCACUCUCCAUAUUCCUUUACAAGGUGGCUAAGAUGUCCCUCGCCAGCAUAUACCUGGAGUCGAAGGGCACGUCGGUGUGCCAGGUGACCCUAAUAGGGGUGAUGGUGGUGCUGCUGUACGCCUCCAGGGCCUGCUACAACCUGGUGGUGCUCGCUCUCACAGACAUAGAGAGCAUCAACUCGUUCGACUACGACUGGUACAACGUCUCAGACCAGGCUGACCUGAGGUCUACACUAGGCGAUGCCGGCUACGUGGUGUUUGGGGUCAUCCUCUUCGUCUGGGAGCUGCUGCCUACGUCUCUGGUCGUCUACUUCUUCAGGGUCCGCAAGCCCACGCAGGACAAGGGCAGCCACUCGGCCAUCCCGAGCCACGUGUUCUCAAACAGGCGCUACUUCUUCGACAACCCGCGACGCUACGAUAGCGACGACGACCUGGCCUGGAGCAUCCUCCCCCAGAGCACCUCCACCAGCCUGUCCACGGACUGCUACGACUGGACCAGCCGAGGCAGCAGCAGUUUCCUGGUGAACGUCGUGAGUGAGGAACGACGGUCGUCCGCGACAACCAGCCAGUUUAACCCUUAGCGACCACAGCCAAAUUGACGCUGGUCGUAAUUUAUUUCCACCAUAAA